AUGGGACAUCAGGUGAUAGUAUUUGACUUUUCAGCCGUAAGAGGUUUAUGGGAGAUUCGAGUGAAGAAGCACAAAGAAAAACAGAAGCAGGAAAAAGAACGAAUAGCUCACAGUGCAUUAGAGAAGAUAAGGCAAGAAUGGGAUAUUAUGCUAGACUGCCGAAGAAAAGGCAUUCCACAGACUGCAUAUUUGAAUAAUGGUUUCAUAGAUACUAACAGCAUCUUAGAUAAACUUGAAAAGAACUCGCCACUGAUUAAGAAGAUUGCCUUGCUGAAUGACAAAGAAAGAAGCAAAUUUAUUUUUCAACUUUCAGGUGAACACUGGACAGAGUUACCCGAUUGGCUGAAAGAGAAAACAUACCUAAAAGAAUGGCACAUAAACAAUACUAAGAUCUCAAGCAUUCCAAGUUACAUUGCCUUGUUUCAGGAACUGAAAAUUCUUGAAUUAUCCAGUAAUCAGAUUACAGACCUCCCUGUUGAAAUUGGUUGUUUAAAAAACCUAAAAGAGUUGAAUGUAAGUUUCAACCAUUUGAAGACUAUCCCUCCAGAACUGGGAAACUGUGAGAAUCUUGAAAAACUUGAUUUAUCUGGAAACUUAGAACUAAUGGAGCUUCCAUUUGAACUAAGCAAUUUGAAACAAGUGAGCUUUGUAGAUGUAUCAACAAACAAAUUCUUUUCAAUCCCAAUAUGUGUACUCCGGAUGUCAAAUCUGCAGUGGCUUGAUAUAAGUAACAACGGUCUGAGAGAUCUCCCACAAGACAUAGACAGGCUAGAGAAGUUACAAACUCUUCUUCUGCAGAAGAACAAGCUGACCUACCUCCCACAAGCCUUGGUCAACUUGCCAAAACUCAGUUUAUUGGUUGUGAGUGGUGAAGAUUUGGUUCAGAUGCCCACAGCCAUCUGUAACUCUUCCACUGGCUUAAAAUUUAUAAGCCUGAAGGAUAACCCUCUCGAAACAACCUCAUUUCAGGAGAUUCAAGAAAUAACAGAAAGUGACCGUGAUCGUGAACUGUUUGAAAAAGAAUUUAUGAAAGCCUACAUUAUGGAUAUACAAGAGAGAGAGAUUGUUCCUUGCUAUACCACAAAAGUAUCGCUUAGCAUCCAAAUAUGAACAGCGGAAUUUCUAUAAACAGGAACUCUGUAAAGACUUAUUUCUGCCAGAUGAAUUAGAAACCAUCCUCAGCACACAGUAGCAACAAAAGCUCUUUUUAAGAAGAAAAGAAUCAACUAUCAAUAAUAACAGAAGUUGACGCAUAAUGGAAGAUUUAAAUGACUGGGUGGGCAUAUGAUAGUUGCAA